UAGUACAAGACGGGUUCAUGCCUACUUUCAAGGUAGUAUACCAUAAUUGUUUUAGUGAAAUUCUAAUUUGUAUUUGUAUCACAAUUAAUUUAACCAGUUCUUAAACAAUUACAGAUACAAGGACAAAUUCAUCACCUACUGGGGGCAAUGCUGCCAGUGCCAGAUGCAGAUCAUAAAUUUUUGCAAAUUUAUUUUAUGGGCAAUCAAGAUGUGGAAGUUGAUACACGUUGUGGUCAUAAUCCAACCGUCAAGCGAAUCAUUGUCCAACAACUGCAAACAUUUCUUCACGAGAAUAAUGAAUUAGUGAAGAUGUUCAAAAUGGCACUGGAUCGGAUGCCAUCAGACAGCCAUAAUAUUGUAAUAAGAGCCGACAAAACACCUGCUGGAGAGCAUGCAAGGAGGUUUAAUUCACCGACAAUAGAUGAAGUGGCUAUUGUCGUUGUUGGAGAGAAUUUGCAAUCAAGAGAUAUUGUACUUCAUCGCCGGAACAAUGAAUUGAAACGUGUAUAUGAAACGCAUAGAGCUUAUGAUGCUUUACAAUACCCAUUAAUUUUCUGGCAGGGAGAAGAUGGGUACCAUUUUAAUAUCAAAAUGGUUAAUCCAACAACAGGUGCUGAUACACACAAAAAAGUCAGUGCCAUGAAUUAUUAUGCAUACAGACUCAUGAUCCGUGAAGGUGAAGUAAAUCACAUUUUGAUGUGUCAACGGCUCUUUCAUCAGUAUGCAGUGGACAUGUACGUCAAAAUUGAGACUGAAAGAUUGACAUACAUCCGUCUUAACCAACAGCAGCUUCGAUCUGAAGAGUACAUUCAUCUUCGCGAUGCAAUCAAUGCUGACGGCAAUGUAAAUAAUGUAGGAAGAAUGACAAUUUUACCGGCCACUUACAUCGGAAGCCCGCGCCACAUGCACGAGUACGCUCAAGAUGUGAUGUCUUAUGUUUGAAAGUAUGGCCGUCCAGACCUAUUUAUUACAUUCACCUGUAACCCACAAUGGAUUGAAAUAAAAAAAGAACUGCUACACAACCAAACACCACUUGAUAGGCAUGACAUCACAGCCAGAGUUUACAAGCAAAAAUUAAAAUCUUUAAUGAAUUUCAUUACAAAGCAUCGUGU